GAGGCAGAGCGGUUUGGUCGUUCGUUGAGGGUUUGUCGUUUUUGUUUUCGUCAACUGCGGCUGUUGCCUGAAGGCCAGCGCGGCGGUCUGAAAAGCUACUUAAGACUUCUGCGUUGGGUAAAAGAAAAUGGCCCGAACCAAGCAGACUGCUCGUAAGUCCACUGGUGGGAAAGCCCCCCGAAAACAACUGGCCACUAAAGCUGCCAGGAAAAGCGCCCCCUCUACUGGCGGGGUGAAGAAACCUCAUCGCUACAGGCCUGGUACCGUAGCGCUUAGAGAGAUUCGUCGUUACCAGAAAUCGACGGAGCUUCUCAUUCGGAAGCUGCCUUUCCAGAGGUUGGUGAGAGAGAUUGCCCAGGAUUUCAAAACCGACUUGAGGUUUCAGAGUGCAGCCAUUGGUGCUCUUCAGGAGGCUAGUGAAGCAUACCUGGUGGGCUUAUUUGAAGAUACUAAUCUGUGUACCCCUUACACUGUAGCUAAAAUCACUGUGGAUGCUGAAUUGCCUAAUCUCCGUGGACAAGCCUGGGUUGGAGCUACAAAGAUGUAUUUUUCUAAACUGGGAUUGUGCUCUUUGUUUUAG